CCUGCUGAUUGUUUCAUUUUUGUUGUUGGAUUUUUCUUCACGUUUUCUUGUUAAAUUAUAUUUUUGGUGCCCCUGACUUAGACCCUCCUGCCGUGUAAAAUGUCAAUUCUUGCAACUCUUCACCUGGCCUUAACAUUUGGAUCAGGAGUGUACCUCUUUUGUUUGUGUUGCGCUGCUAAAUCUUUUUGCUGAGGUGAUUUUUCUUGCUCUUGCAACUUGCUUCCACCUCCCUGAGGAUGAAGCAGUGACACCAGCCAGUCAUGUUGCACAUGAAGCAUUUCAUUGCGAGAGAGGCUGAUUAAUCACUUGUGGUUCAUUAUUAGCAUGCAGUUGAGCUCCCCUGACUCUCACCUCCUAACUAGGAUUUUUUCUUUGUUUGAUCGUUGCCCUGAUGGCACAACAAGCACGUCUUUCUUCGCCGGCCCGUAGCAGGAAUAUCAGUUUUUUAUUCACACGGUGAACACCAUGCAGGAAUGAAGCUGCAGCAUCCUGUGCCUUGGUAAGACGGAAUUGUGGCGAAAAAUCAUGGAACGCUACAUGGAGGAGGACAUGGAGCUGGUGGGGAUGGGGCUUCGUGUCUCGGUGUCCCCCAUCCAAAUAGCUUUUUACAUCCUGCUGGUGAUGCUGGGCAUCCUGGGUAACGCCACUGUGAUCGGGGUGAUCGGCAAGAGCGUGUACGUGGAGCGCGGCCGGGGACGUAACUCGGACAUCAUCAUCAUCAACAUGGCCUUGUCCAAUCUGCUGGUGUCGGUGAUGAGGAACACGCUGCUGGUCAUCUCAGACAUGGGGCUGGAGUUGUAUUCGUCCAAAGAGUGGUGUCAGUUCCUCAUGGGCGUGUGGGUGUGGCUGCGUUCGGUCAACGUGUGGUCAACGCUCUUCCUCAGUGCCUUCCACCUCCAGACCUUAAGGCGGGUGGCUCCGACUAUCGCUACCCUUCGAGGGCCCCGAGGCGCCCCGAGUGUUCUCCUGCUUAACCUGGCUUUCAUCUGGCUGCUCAACUUUGUUUACUCCAUUCCUGCUUAUAUCUUCUCCACCAACGGCAACAUGAACAGCACGGAGACCUUAAUGCUGGUGAGCAGCACGACACGCCCCCUGCUGGGCUGUGUGUGGAACUUCCCGUCUUCCUUCAGCGGCCUGUCCUAUGCCACCACCUCCAUGGUGAUCCAUGAGACCAUCCCCAUCAUCCUGAUGGCCCUCACCAACCUGGGCUCCCUUUACACACUCUACACACACGGCAGGGUGCGCACGUCGGUGCGGAACGCCCCCGUCAUCAAGAGAGUGCCGGCUGAGAGACGAGCGGCAAAGGUGAUCCUUGCCCUCAUCAUGCUCUUCAUCGUGUCAUGGGGCACCAGCAUCAUCUCCGUCAACUACUUCAACUACAACCGCGGCUCCUCGGCAGAGUUCCUCCUGGUCAUCGCUCGCUUUGCCAACAUCAUCUUCAUCGCCAUGUCGCCCAUGGUGCUGGCGGUGGGCCACCGCCGGCUGCGCUCCUUCAUUAAGUCUGUGCUCUCUCACUGA